GGAAAAGAGCCGAGCCGUGUGUUUUUACUUUCCUUUACAGAUCUGAAAGAUUUAGAAAAACCUACACACACCAGAUAUGGCUUCCGCUAGUAGUCUAAUGGCUGUGGAGAAUUUCCUUUGUUCCAUCUGUCUGGAUGUGUUCACUAAACCUGCAUCGAUUCCCUGUGGACACAACUUCUGUCUUAAGUGUAUCACAGACUACUGGGACACUAACAAUAUUGUAUUCCAAUGUCCACUGUGUAAAGAGGAAUUCUGCAGCAAACCAAUGCUUCGAGUCAACACUUUCAUUGCUCAGAUGGCUGCAAAGGUCAAGACACAUGCUCAAGAAAAAUCUUGCAAAACUCCUGAACAAGCAGGAAAUGGAAAUGUGCUCUGUGAUAUCUGUACAGGGGCAAAGCUCACAGCCCUCAAGUCCUGUUUAGUGUGUUUCAUGUCUUACUGUGAAACGCAUCUGGAGCCUCAUCAGAGAAUUUCAGCCUUGAAGAAACACAAGCUGAUACACCCAGUUGAAAACCUGGAGAGCCGGAUAUGCAAGAAGCAUGAUGAGCCUUUGGAGCUGUUUUGCAGGGUGGAUCAAAUGUUUCUGUGUGGGUCCUGUAAAGACAGGGACCAUAAAACCCAUAAGAUAGUGAGUCUGGAGGAGGAGGCUCAAAUGAGGAGAGCCCAGCUGGAAACAGAAAUGAAAAGCUCAGAUCAGAUGAUCCAGGUGCGUCAGCAGAAAAUUCAGGAGAUUCAACACUCAGUGGAGGCUAGCAAAAAUAACGCAAGGAAGGCGCUGUCAUACAGCACGCAUGUGAUGGCUGCUGUGGUGGACUACAUUAAGAAAAGCCAAGCUGAGCUGACUGAGGUAGUUCAGACAAAGCAGAAAUUAAUUGAAACAGAGACAGAAGGCUUCAUUAAAGAACUGGAGGAAGAAAUUACAAAAAUAAAGCAGAACAACGUGCAGCUUAAUCAGGUCUCACUCACCAACGACACCUUCAUAUUCCUUGAGAAUUUACUUUCUCUUACCAUCACUCCGCCCCAGGUUAAGGACUGGUCUGGUGAGAAGAUUCACAGUGAACAGUUUACUGUGCAGGGAGCCUUGACCAAGCUGGAGACAACAGUGAUGACAGAAAUAAGGACGCUGUGUGAUCCCGACUUGAAAGAAAUGCAGCAGCAUGCUGUGGAUGUGAGUCUAGAUCCUGACACAGCAAAUCCUUUUCUCAACGUUUCUAAAGAUGGGAAACAAGUCACGCAUGGCGACAGAAAGAGGAAUCUCCCAGACAAACCAGAGAGGUUUGAUAAUGUCCUUAAUGUCCUUGCAAAGGAGGGUUUCUCCUCAGGAAAGUUUUACUAUGAGGUCCAGGUCAAAGGCAAAACACAAUGGGAUUUAGGAGUUGCAAACCAGUCCAUCAACAGGAAGGGCGAUAUAAGAUUGAGCCCUAAGAACGGAUACUGGACCAUCUGGCUGAGAAAGGGAAAGGAGUUUACAGCCAAUGCCGGACCUGCCAUUUACCUCCAUGUAAGGGAGAUGCCUCAAAAGGUUGGGGUGUUUGUUGAUUACGAGGGGGGUCAAGUUUCCUUCUAUGAUGUGGACUCCAGGGCUUGCAUCUUCUCCUUCACCGGAUGCAACUUCACAGAGAAGCUCUUUCCGUUCUUCAGCCCCUGUUCAAAUGACGGCGGCAACAAUUCUGCCCCCUUGAUCAUUACUCCUGUCUACAACAGCUGAGUUUUUGUUUUGUUUUCUGGGUCUGUAAAAGAAAAGGAGACAAGGUGAGGGACUUGGAGAGAGAUCACAAAUGUAGAACACUGACAUGUUUUUAUCUGGUUUAUCUGUGAAACUCCACUGUGUCAUUCUGUUUCUCCCAUCCAUCACUGUCAGAGCUGUGUGUCACUUUGUAUGUCGCCUGCCUCACACAAACAGCUAUAGAUCUCCAACAGAGUCCCCAUGCAGCCAUCAGGACAUUCACACAAACAAACACACACACACUGAUCGCUAGGUUGGAAAACAAAACAAUUAUGAUCUGGCCACUUUAUGUGAUACUUUAAUUGUGAUACUUUAAAGCUUUAAAUAUUUUACAGCAUUUGUUUUGUGCUUCUUUGAGUGUCACAUAUCAGGACUACUUGUGACAUGAUGGAUGGGCUUGAUACCGAUGGCAGGUUGAAAUAACUAACUGUGUUAAAAAAAAACACUUUGACCUACAUGAGAUACACCUCAGGACAGCAUAUACACAGAUGAACCCCACUACACAACCUGCAAUGGAAAAUAAAACAGCACUCUAUGGUAAUGACUUAACAGCAUACAGAAAAUAUUAAAAGAAAUAAAAUUACUCAAGGGUAGUUAGUGAAUGGAUCACAAUACUGGAGCCUGACAGGCACAUAAUGCCAUGUCCUCUAAUUAAAAUUAGCCAAAGCUAAAAGGUGCAGGCUUUCCAAGUUCAAACGCAGCAAAACUGUCUGAUUAGGAGAGACUUAAGCAACCGUUUAUUGAGCAGAGCCAAUUAAAGUGUAUGUGCUUGUUGAUGUAUACCAUUUAAUUUGGGGUGGGGGGGAGACUGUUAGCAUCCAUUAUGUCAGCACAAUGUACUUUAACGCGGGAAAUCACUGUUUAAGGCAUAAUCAUUAUUGUCCCUGAAUCUUAACCAUGUGUUUAUUACUGUAACCAUCCCCAAACCUUAACAAAGUAUGUGUUCUAACCCUGUUGGUAGAGGCAUCAAAUCAGAAAACGCUUCUAUGUGUCGUAUUAGGCUAUUCUGUUGUUACUUUGAGGACUUUUUUUAUGUCAUGAUUGUUUUGCAUGUCUUAAAUGAGGCUUUUUCUAAUCUCAUCUGAGACAUUACACACGUGAUAUACAUGUAGAAAUCUUGACUAAGUCAUGAAUCGUCUAUAUUAAUGCUGAAAGAAAUACUAAAUUAAAUGAUUAGAUAAUAAACAGAAAAUGAAUCAUCAACAAUUCUGACAGUUGAUCUGUUAUUAGUAAGUAUUAAAGUAGUAGUAUAUAAAAUGCCAAACAUUUGAGGGUUUGGGGAAUGCUUUGCUGCUGUUCUCUCUUAUAUAUAUCACUGUAAAGUAAAUAAUUUUUUUCUAACAUUUUAUUACAGUUUUAAAUGAUUAACUGACAAAAUAAUUUAACAGAUUGUUUAAUAAUGAAAAUGCACCCCUUUUUUGUAUACUGUACUGCCUUGUGUUGGAAAGAUUAAAAAGCAUCUAAUGUUCACUGUCUGAGAUGCAAUAAGGGGGUAAAAAAAUAAAGGUGAUUUAGGUUGCAAGCA